AUGGACUCGGUUGGUUUGCCAUUCUCAUGUGCGGCCCCGGUGGUGGCUAUUGAUGGGCCGGUGGCUUCUGGGAAAAGUUCGGUUGGAAAAGCUGCGGCGCAGAUUUUGGGAUUGCGAUUCCUGGACACUGGGAUAAUGUAUCGCGCCGUGACGUGGUUGGCCCUCCAUAGUGGGGUUGCUGCGACCGACACCGGCGCAGUGGCAGAAUUGGCUGCGGCAUGCCGGAUGGAACUGGCGCAGAGUGACAACACCGAUGCUGCCAUCAUGGUUGAUGGUAAGCCUCUUGGUACCGAAUUGAUGUCGGCGGACGUGGACGAGAACGUUUCGGCGGUUUCGGCGGUGCGCGCCGUCCGCGUUGAGUUGGUCAGGCAGCAAAGAGGCAUCGCCAGUUCCGGCGCUAUGGUUAUGGCCGGUCGGGAUAUCGGGUCGGUCGUAUUGCCCAACGCCGACUUGAAGCUCUACAUCGAUGCCGCGCCGGAAGAGCGGGCUCGACGGCGCCACGCGCAAAUCCUCCUCGUAGAUCCGGGGAUCCAAUACGACCGCGUAUUGGCCGAUACUUUGCGGCGGGACGGUUUGGAUAUGGAGCGCGCGGACUCGCCCCUGGUCGCCGCCGCCGAUGCGGUGAUUAUCCGGACCGACGAUAUGGACUUUGAACAAACGGUGUCGGCAGUGGUUUCGGCCAUUCAGUCCGUCGCCUUCGACGAUUGCGACACGGUACGAAGCGGGUAA